AUGGGAGACUCUCAACCACAAGAUUCCAAAAAAAGGGCAGUGUAUGAAGCCUGGACAAAGGAACAAAGUGAUGCAUUGUUAGAUAUUCUGGUUGAGUCUGCACAUAGGGGAUGGCGCGAUAAUAGUGAGCAGUUGGACUGCAUAUUCACGGCCCCAGAUGAAGUAUGGGAUGCGUAUAUAGAGGCUCACCCAAAAGAUGCAUACUUACGCACUGGGAGUUUUUCGAAUUUUGAUGACUUGAGGCUUGCUGUUGGAAACGGUGUAGCUGUAGGAAGAAACGCAAUUGGAGUGGGCAGUGCUACUGAUGCUAGGACAAUAGGAGUUGAUGAAAGUAGAGGUCCGCUCAUUGAGGAGUUGAAUUACGAUGCUGCUAAUGAGGCGUUUGUAGUACUGGGUGAAGAUGAUCCACCAUUAUCCGGCUCCAAAUCACCUUUGGAGUCCACUGAAGUGCCUGUGGAGUCCACUCAGAGAAGAGCUCCCGCCAAAAGAAGCAGAAAAUAG